AUGGACGGCUUGAGGGAGAACCCAUCCCUUGAUGCUGAGACACAACAACAGAUCCUGCUGGACUAUCGCGAGCUGCACGAACAGAUCAAGGCGGAGGGCUUGUACCAGUGCAACUACUCAGCAUACGGAUGGGAAUCCAUUCGCUAUGCCGCUCUGUUUGCUGCCUUCACAUACCUUCUCUACAGCAAGUGGUACCUCACAUCUGCCCUCUUUCUGGGUUUGUUCUGGCAACAAAUCAUGUUCACAGCGCACGACGCCGGCCACCGCGGCAUAUCCGGCAACUUCGUCGUUGACACUUUAAUCGGCGUCUUCAUCGCCGACUUCUGCUGCGGCCUCUCAAUCGGCUGGUGGAAAUCUUCCCAUAACGUGCACCACCUAAUCACCAACAUGCCCGAGCACGAUCCCGACAUCCAAAACACACCCCUCUUCUCCACCUCCCCAACCUAUAUCAAAGGCGUCAUCUCAACUUUCUACAAGGACUUCGAAUUCAAAUGGGAUGCUGCAUGUGAGGUUUUGCUGCCCUACCAGAAGUACACAUACUACCCCAUCAUGGCCCUGGCGCGGUUCAACCUCUACCUCCUCAGCUGGUGCCACCUGUUCUCCCCUCGCGCCGCCCAACUCGGCGCAGCAUGGUGGACACGCCCCGUUGAACUCGUUUUCAUGGCGUGCUACUGGUUUAUUUUCGGAUAUCUGCUCGUCUGGUGCACGCUGCCUAGCUGGUCGAUCCGCAUCGGCUUCGUGCUGAUUAGCCACCUCGUCACUAUGAUCCUGCAUGUGCAGAUCACGCUGAGCCAUUGGGGUAUGCCCACCUCCGACCUUGGUCCUACUGAGUCCUUCCCCCAGCGCCAAAUGCGCACAACGAUGGACGUCGAGUGCCCUGCGUGGUUGGAUUGGGUGCACGGCGGUUUGCAGUUCCAGGCUGUGCACCAUUUGUUUCCGCGGAUGCCGAGGCAUAAUUUGCGGAGGGGGCAGGAGCUGGUAAGAGAGUUUAGCAAGAAGACGGGGGUUAGGUAUCAUUGUUACGGGUUUGUGGAGGGGAACAAGAUUGUGUUGAGUAGGCUGGAGGAGGUUGCGAGUAUGGUUAAGAUGAUGGUGGAUUACUGUGUGGAAUCCUCGGAGAUCCAGAAUUAG